AUGUGCGACAGAACGUCACGUGCCGAGAAGAAGAGAGACGAGCACGAGAGGUUUUACACGGACGCGUCGUUCAUUACAAAGAAGAGUUUCCUCCGAUUCGUCAAAGGAUAUCCUCGCGAGCAGUAUUCGCCAUCUUGGCCGGAACCGAGUCCCUGCGUCUACCCGAAGGCAAACUCUUACUACGCCUUCCACGAGGAUUCAAAUCCAUUCGCUAGAUUCCCUGGCAAGUGUCAGUCGAGAGAGUAUGGGAACGUUCGAGCACACUUCGAACCUUCCGAGAAGCCUCACGAAACUCGCGACCCGUAUCGGGAGACGAGCGCGAGGGACAAGUAUCUGGCGAGCGAGCCGACCUGUUUCGCGAUUCUCGGGAAACCGGGCUUGAACACGACGAAGCUCGCGACCACGAUAGCAGACUCGUGGAACUCGAUUCUGAUUUCACCGUUGCCACUGAUAAACCAGGAGAUCCAACGAAACAACGGCAGAGGUAAACUCAUGGCGGAUGUUUUGAAGAAAGGGGGAUCUUUGGGCCCGGAUGUGAUCGCGAGUGUGAUAGCAGCUCGUCUCAACAGAAGAGACGUGUUUCACAGAGGAUACGUGGUGGAGGGGUUACCGCUGGUUGCAAACGCGACGCUCGAUUACUCUUCUUAUCCGAGCGCAGUCACGGAGAACGACGAGAAUCUUUCAAUUCCUGGAACUUGCAACGUACGAACAGAAGACUGCGACGUAUCAAACAAGAAUAAAUAUAUUUCAACUGUCGACGAAGGAGCAGAAAACAAAUCGUGCAUUGCGAGUUCCAAUUACGAGGACUUCGUUUCGAGUCAGAUCGAGGAUAUCUUCACCACGUGGCCCAUAAAACCGUCGGUAAUCGUCUACGUGAUGUGUCCCGACGAGGACGCGCUGACGAAGCGCGAACACCUCCGUCUGGACCCGGUAACCGGUCGCAUCGUUGACACGAGUUUCUCCGACACGAGCAGACACAUCGAAACGUUGUUCUCUCGCAACCGAAUGGAGAACGAUACGGACGUAUCUUUCGGGCUCUAUCGGGGAUUAACGACCGAGGAACGACUUUUAGACAAGAACCAGGGGGAAUAUCUGUUGAAACGUCCGUCCGACGAAAGAUCGAACGCGAGGUGGCAGUGCGCGCUGUACAAACGUCUGGCGAUGCCAACGAUCGAAAAAUGGAUUCUACUGCACAAUCCUCAGAACGUUGUUCGCGUGGAUGGUCGUACAUCGGUGUCGUUGAUGUUUCAGGUUUUCGUUUCAAGGACAAGCACGUUGCCACUCUCACGCGUAAUCCUUCCGAGAAGAUUCACGGAUCACAACACCGCGUUGGAGUUCGAAGGCGAGUCGCCAGUGGUCACGGACGAAUUCGACGACAAAUCGAACGAAGAAGCGUUUCAACAGCUGACGAACAGAGAGACUGUCUCUCCUCUGUUCCCGUGGGGGCUCUCGUCUUGGGGUUUCCUCUGCCCGGUGGAAUUGGCGAGAGGAAGGACCGUGGAGGGUCUCGCGAGACACGCGGUUCGAUUCAUGAACAAGAUCUUCUUCCUCUCGUCGAACGAGGCGGUCGAUCUGUUCGUCGAGAAUCCGAGAACUUUCGUCCGUCCGUUCUCGCCCAGGCCGACGUGCAAGAUCGUGGUGUUCGGGCCUGAUCACUCUGGCAAAUCGCAGCUCUGUCGCGAAUUGGCGCGAGUUUUGAAAGGUACGGUGAUAAACGUGAAAGAGAUGGACGAGAAGUCGAGCAAGAUCGUGGAAGCUGUAAGAAACGUUCCGAGGGAAGAGAUAGACAUCGAGAUUUGGAGAGACGGUGGUUACAUAGUGGAUGGCUUGUAUCCGAGUAUCGAUACUUGGAAGACGAUCGUCGAGGAUUCAGAGAUUACCUUCGAGGACGCGGUUCUUUUGUUCGACGACGAUCCUUACGACUAUCUGCUGUCGAAAUGGCGCAAGAUUCGCGGUAGCGAGGACGGUGAAGAGUUCGAGGGAACGAACUUGGAAGAUCCCGAUGCUGAGGGAGACGAGGGGGGAGUGGAAACGUUGGUCGAAUAUAUCAGGCACGUACAGAAAUUUCAAUUGGACUGGGAAACGGUGAGAGAACGAGUGACGAAUGAUUGCAGGAAUCUCGUCACUUGCAACGUUGGUAAGAUAACUGACGUCUCCAAGUACGUUGUAGAUAGAAUUAAGGAUCGUUACAAGGAGAAGGCAAGAGUGAUGAGCGAAGAGGAGAAGGAGAGGGAGAGAGACCUCGCGGAGUAUAUCGGCAUGACUGACACAGAAAAUAUCGAAGAGGAAGAGGAGGAGGAGAAAGAGAGAGAAGCAACUGAGAGGGAAACAACGAAGGUAGAACUGACUGCCAAGGAAGAUAAUCGUCGAUUCGGUGACACCAGUUACUACUGUCCAGUGGCGUUGUUGAAGUACAACGUAUUUUGGAAAGGCAAAGAGGAGUACGGUGCAAUUUUCAUGGACAAGAUAUACCAUUUGUCUAGUCCCGCUGCUCUCGAAGAAUUCAUUCGCGAUCCGCAAAAGUUAGGUCUCCCGUUGAGGAGGCCUUUGUCCGUAAUUCCGCCCGUUCGCGUGAGCAUCGUUGGUCCCCCAGGGAGUGGGAAAAGCACGCUGUCAGACGCGAUAUCCCGAGAGUAUGGCCUGGUCCAUGUCGACUAUUUCCACUGUCUCACCAGGUACAUGCAGUCUCGCGGGAUGCCGCCACUUUCUCACAGCGACGUUCUCGUCUUGUCGAACGAACUUCCAGACGAGGUCGGAUUGCCAGAAGAUCUGAAAGACGAGAGAUACAACAGCGACCCCGACACAAUUUUCACGUUCAUUCGAAAUUACUGGAAAAACGGAGGUACUCUUCCCGAGAGGAUACGCGGCGAAUGCCUGUUGAAGUUUUUCCAAGGACCGUACAAUCAGUCCGGCACCGUGUUCGAUCAGUUUCCGAGCUGUCCGCAAGACGUAGAAACAGCCUUGAAGAGUUACACGGUCCCCGAGGUGAUCGUAGAACUUCGUUGCGGUAGAGAAACAGCGUCCGAGAGAGUGAUCCCUCGGUUGCUCGAGAUCUGGCAAGCAAACCUCGAAGAGAGGAAACACACGGAACGACUCAGACACGCGACGGAGCUUGAGAAUUAUCAGAGAGACCGAGAUGUCUGGGUGGAGGAAAUGUUGAGCCAAUCAACUGCUCGGGCAGGAGCUGUUGGAGAGGAUGACGAUGAUCUUCGCGGUGAAUACGAAAACGAAGAGGAAGACUACGUCGAGUCGGAGGAGAUGCAAGCGAGAAAGUUUGAAUUGGAGGAAACCUGGUACCAGGAGCAUCCCGAGCCUGUCCUGUUUACCGACUGGGAAGAUUACGAAACAGCCGAGCGAAGGAUCGAACGGGAGUUUUUCGACACGUACGAGACCGAGUCUCAGAAACUAGCUGCUACUCGCGGCAUCUUGGAGAACGAAUCGAUAGCAUACGUCGCGCUCGACGCAGACGGUGACGCGAGAAGUGUUUUGUUGAGAGUGAUGAGAACCCUCGAACCGUACGUUCGUCGGGACGUGUCUGUCCUCGAGAGGAUUCACACCGUCGAUCUGGAAACGGCUGACGCUCUCCUCGAUCGCGGUUACUAUCUUCCGAGUUCCUUCGGGCGUUGGUGUCCCGUGCAACUGCGCGAGAACAAGGUUCCGCUGCAGAUGUUUCUACCGUCGAAGUCCGCUGAGGAGAUGCAUCCAGUCGUGCACAGGCAGUUCGUUUACUUCAUCGCCGGCAAAGACGCGCAAAUCGAGUUCCUGAACAGCCCGUUCAAAUACCUCGAGCAAGAUUCUCGCGCGCCGGUCGUUCCGUUUCGACUGUCCAUUGUCGGCCCGCCGAAAUCUGGCAAGACGACUCUCGCUCGACGAUUCGCAAGGAAGUACGGCGUGAAAGUGAUAACGCGAGGCGAGGCGCUGCGUUACGUCAUCGAACAUUUUCCCUGGACGGAAUCCGCUCGAUCGAGCGAGUUUUGUCUGCGCGAAGGACGAACGGUUCCAAUGGAGUUUCUGCUCCGCGCCGUUGAAAUGUAUUCCAUCGAUCCUGACGCGGUCUCUCAGGGUUUCGUGCUCGACGGUUUCCCCUCGAGUCGCAAAGAGUUCGAGCGACUAACGUUCCUGGGUCUUCAGCCGAUGAUCACCAUCGAUCUGAAGGCGAAUUUGGAUUUUUCUCUCGAGUGUUUGUCCCGCGAAGACGAUCGAGUGACGAAGCCAGCAAAUUUCUCCAGCAGCUUCCUCUCUCGUCGUUUCGCCAUCUGGCAGGCCGAUCAGCAGGAUUUCAGAGCUUGGUUGAAGAGUUUCACGCAGAACGUGAUCGAGUUAGACGCGACCAAGUGCGCGUGGCACGUGUGGACCGUGGCUGACAGACACGUGUGCUCGAGGUACGCGAUCAUCAGGUCGUACUUUCGCGAAAGCGACUACGACAAGGUCCACAGUCUCAGGUACAUGAGCGUCUCGCCGUACGAAUUCAGAAGGAGGCAGAGCCGAUUCGAGUCUUACUGCCCCCUUUGCUUGCACUACGAGAACACGAUGAAAGUCUCGAGACCAGCCGAUCACGAAGGAAUGGUCCAGUUUCGAGAACACUUUUACUGGAUCUGUUCGCGACAUAUGCAGCGAUUUAUCCAAGAUCCGAAGAAACACCUUCCGCCAGUGAACACUUCGUAUCCUCCGGAAGAUCGUCCGCGAGUUUUGACCGAAACGAUCGACUUGGAACACCCGUGUUGGGCCAAACGUUUGCGAGUCGGAGGAUUUUGCUUGGUGACGUACGUGGACAGUUUGCCAAGUCGCAAACUCGCGAGAGGCGAGUCGACCAUCGCAGUUCUCUACAGAGACAAUUUGUAUCUGUUUUGCACGGAAGACUGUCGCGAUAAAUUUCUGGCGCAACCCGGUAAAUACGAGAGCACCGAGAUUAAGUUUCUGCGCAGGCUGCCAGAGAUCGACCUGAAAUCUCUGCCGGAUCUCGGUUUCCUGGAGCAGACGGUCUCGAAGUUGAUAGUCGAGGCUGUGAACCAGAUCAGCGUGGACAGGCCGAAACUACCGGGUUUAUCGCCCUCGGCCACCGCUGCUGUUCACAUCGGCGUGUACCUGAAGACUCGCAAUGCGUCCUGCGCUUUGAAAGAGUGCCAAUUGUACGAAGCAAUCAGCGACAGGAUCUACAGUCGUGAGAGAGUGAUCAAAAUAGCGACCAAAACGAUGAAGAGAAGGCUGAACCCUUUUGUACGGGUACCCGUGUACGAAGAUCAACCUUUUAUACAUCGUUCUCAUCUACGUCGAUCUACCUCGAUUGUAUUUCGUCGAACGUCUCCAACGCAGAUUUUAGUCGAUCCCGACGACAAAUCUACGAAUGAUCAAACAGUUUGUAAAUAG